AUGACUUGUUUCUCUUGUUUGAAUCCUCGAACCAAAGACACAAGAGUCGACAUUGAUACAGCUCGAUGCAACAACUCUCGUUACGCUACCGAUGAUUCAUCAGUUCAUGGAAGUGAUACAACAACAGGAACAGAGUCGAUUUCGGGUGUUCUAGUAAAUGGAAAGGUGAAUAGUCCAAAACCUGGUGGUGGAGCAAGUAGCUUCACGUUCAAGGAGUUAGCUGCAGCUACAAGAAACUUCAGGGAAGUGAAUUUGCUCGGAGAAGGAGGUUUCGGGAGAGUUUACAAAGGACGUUUAGAUUCAGGACAAGUGGUGGCUAUUAAGCAAUUGAAUCCAGAUGGGCUUCAAGGGAAUCGAGAAUUCAUUGUAGAAGUUCUUAUGCUUAGCUUAUUACAUCAUCCGAAUCUCGUUACUUUGAUUGGUUACUGUACUUCUGGUGAUCAGAGACUUCUUGUCUAUGAAUACAUGCCAAUGGGAAGCUUAGAAGAUCAUCUUUUUGAUCUUGAGUCAAAUCAAGAGCCUUUAAGCUGGAAUACUCGAAUGAAAAUCGCGGUUGGUGCGGCUCGGGGAAUAGAGUACCUUCAUUGCAUAGCUAACCCGCCUGUGAUUUACCGCGAUUUGAAAUCCGCAAACAUAUUGUUAGACAAAGAGUUCAAUCCAAAACUCUCGGAUUUCGGAUUGGCGAAACUCGGUCCAGUAGGAGAUCGAACUCAUGUAUCGACCCGUGUCAUGGGAACUUACGGUUACUGUGCUCCAGAAUACGCAAUGAGCGGGAAAUUAACCGUUAAAUCGGAUAUCUACUGCUUCGGCGUAGUGUUGCUUGAGCUGAUUACUGGGAGAAAAGCUAUUGAUUUGAGUCAAAAGCAAGGAGAGCAGAACCUUGUUACAUGGUCACGUCCAUACCUUAAGGAUCAGAAGAAGUUUGGACACUUAGUGGAUCCGUCUCUUCGAGGAAAAUACCCAAGACGAUGUUUAAACUAUGCGAUUGCGAUAAUCGCAAUGUGUCUAAACGAAGAAGCUCAUUAUCGACCGUUUAUAGGUGACAUAGUUGUGGCACUUGAGUACUUAGCCGCACAGAGUCGGUCUCAUGAAGCUCGAAACGUCUCCUCCACGUCACCGGAAGUCACAAGAACGCCACGAGACUCAUAG